AUGAAUUCGCAUGUGAGCCCGCCGGCGAGGGCGCGGGCGCUCGCCGCCGGGCGGAUUUUAAAUUUCGCCAUUGUCCGCCCGACGAAAGCCUCGGGCAGCUGUCGCAGAGGGAGGUGCGCGAGCGAGCUCGACGAUGAACCGACGCGGCGCUGCUUUUUCAGCCGGUACGUGAGGGUCGCGCUGCGCACGGCAUUCGCGGUCGUGAACAACCUUUACUGCAUCCCCGCUUACGUGGUGUGGAUGAUGGCGCUGCGUCUCACCCGUCCCCUGUACGCACCCCUCUAUUGGAAGAUCGAAGGGCUCAUGUACCACUGGCUCUUGGCGAUGGUGUCGCUGUGGUCGUGGACGGCCGGAUACGAGAUUGUGGAGACCGGCGACGAGCCAGCGGCGUGCAGCAACCGGCGCACGCUCGUGCUCGCCAACCACCAGAGCACGGCCGACGUGCCCGUGCUCAUGGCGGCAUGGAACCCGCGGCCCGGCGUGCUGUCCAACCUGAUGUGGAUCAUGGACCGGGUCUUCAAGUUCACCAACUUCGGCAUCGUCAGCGUUCUGCAUCAAGACUUCUUCAUACAAGCGAUGGUUCUGUAA